UUUGAAAACCUGAUUUUAAAAGGAAGCAGAAUGGUCAACAGUGUCGUCCUGGAGACCUGGGCUCCAGACCUGAUGAUCUGGAAGAGGCAGCUGAAGAGGACUGGCCCUUCAAAUCAUUCUGCAUGUUGGAACGACAGUAUUUCUGCAGACUUUACCUGGAAUAUGGAUUAAAUUCCGAAUAUUAAAAGGAGAUGAUGACAUAAGUUUGACUAUCCUUAAAACUUACUCAAAUGGCAAGAAAGCAUGCUCUGAAUUGUCAUCAGAUGAAGCCUGCUCUCUUCAGUGUGCCCUGUGAGAUCAAGGAAAAGGCAGGGUUGAACAUUCGUGGCAUUCUGGCAGAGGGUCCCCCCGACGCUCAGCUCCAAAAGCUGGAUAACAUGCUGCUGGCCGAGGGCAUGUGCAGGCCGGAGAAGCACCGAAGAGGAGCCCAGGCGGCGGCCGGCACAGCAACCCCAGGUGGCUGUCCAAAUGACAGUGGCCCUGAGCACUCUGACUCCAGGGCCAAGCUGUCCCAGACCCGACAGAUUUACCCCUCUGAGCUAGAGAAACAUGAACAGGCCUGCCGUGAGUUCACCACACAUGUCACCAGCCUUCUCCGGGAGCAGAGCAGGAUAAGGCCUGUCUCGCCCAAGGAGAUCGAGCACGUGGUGGGCACCCACAGCAAGUUCAACAGCGUCCCGAUGCAGCUGAAGGAGAGCACCUGCGAGGCCGUGAUGACCCUGCGCUCGAGGGUCCUCGACGCCAGGCGUAAGCGGCAGAACUUCGGCAAGCAAGCCACGGAAGUGCUGAAUGAAUAUUUUUAUUCCCAUGUGAGCAACCCUUACCCCAGUGAAGAAACCAAAGAAGAGCUGGCCAGGAAGGGUGGCAUCACCGUCUCCCAGGUCUCAAACUGGUUCAGCAACAAAAGAAUCCGGUAUAAAAAGAACAUGGGGAAGUUUCAAGAAGAGGCUACCACUUACACAGGUUCCUUUGGUCCCUUUCCGAUGACCAGCACCAGUGACACACUUAUCACCCUGCAGACGCUGGCCUCCCUCCGGCCCACCCCUGGGGAAGGCAGCCUUCUGGGCCAGGCCAGGGGCGGCUGGCAGGUGAGGCGAAUGUCGACCGCUUCACCUAUUGGAGACCCCGGCAGGGUCACUUCAAACGCAUCUAAUUAAGUGUUGGGAUGAGCAGAAAAGAGGACGGUGCGACCUGCCUUGGUUCCCUGGAAUUCAUGUUUCCUCAGAAAACCCAGAACUGACAGCAGACAGCGCUCCCUGAGCUGACGGCAGGCGACACCGGUACCACCUUUUGCUUGUCGGCUGGGGUUUGAAAUGGGCUGAGACACUGCUCGUUCUGCCAACUCCGUUUGGUGUUUUUGACAGUAAUUUUAUGGUUAAGGCUGAAUUGUUUCUUCCAGGACUUGGCACAAAUUCUCCCAUUACAGUUUUGGACCGAUUUUAAUUUCGAUGUCGUUCACUCCCAGAUUUGUUCCUGCCGAUGGCUGACCGCACAGGUGCAGGGCUGCAGCUGCGCAGUUGGGCGGGUUGUUACUCUGUUUGCUCGUUUGUCCAUCCGUGUGCCAACUCGCCCAGACACUGCCUUCCACACUCUCUUCUGCUGUGUCGUUUCAUGCGGUUUUGAUUUAAGUCUGUUGUGAGCUCAGAAUUUUACUGGGAAUUGGUUUGGCACCUUUUUCUGUUAAUACAAGUUCUACCAUUUUCAGCUGAAAUGUCGUUAAAGACGAUAAACUUCCCAAGCACUUUCCUGCA